AUGAAUCCACUCCUGAUCCUUACCUUUGUGGGAGUUGCUGAACUGUCAUUCAUCCAUAUACGAGCUGUGGUUGGAGAUGCUGGGAAAGGAGACCAGUGGGGGCUGGCCCACAAAAUGAAGCAGCAGGCUUCAGGCUUGGCUCCCACAGCACCAGAAUACCUCCACUUUGCCUUCUCCCUUCCCAUCUCCACUCCAGUUGCUGCCCCCAUUGACGAUGAUGACAAGAUUGUUGGGGGCUACACCUGUGAGGAGAAUUCUGUCCCCUACCAGGUGUCUCUGAAUUCUGGCUACCACUUCUGUGGUGGUUCCCUCAUCAGCAAACAGUGGGUGGUGUCAGCAGCUCACUGCUACAAGACCCGCAUCCAGGUGAGACUGGGAGAGCACAACAUAGAAGUCCUGGAGGGGACUGAGCAGUUCAUCAAUGCAGCCAAGAUCAUCCGCCACCCCAAUUACAACUCGAGGACUCUGGACAAUGACAUCCUGCUGAUCAAGCUCUCCUCACCUGCCGUCAUCAAUGCCCGCGUGUCCACCAUCUCUCUGCCCACCGCCCCUCCAGCUGCUGGCGCCGAGGCCCUCAUCUCUGGCUGGGGCAACACUCUAAGCUCUGGCGCCGACUACCCAGAUGAGUUGCAGUGCCUGGAAGCGCCUGUGCUGUCCCAGGCUGCGUGUGAAGCCUCCUACCCUGGAAGGAUUACCAGCAACAUGUUCUGUGUGGGCUUCCUUGAGGGAGGCAAGGAUUCCUGCCAGGGUGACUCUGGUGGCCCUGUGGUCUCCAAUGGACAGCUCCAAGGAAUUGUCUCCUGGGGCUAUGGCUGUGCCCAGAAGAACAGGCCUGGAGUCUACACCAAGGUCUACAACUAUGUGGACUGGAUUAAGGACACCAUAGCUGCCAACAGCUAAAGCCCCCAGUCCCUCUGCAAUCUCUGUACCAAUAAAAUGACCCUGCUCUCAC